GGUUCGGUUGGGAGUCCUUGCGGUGACCGGUGCUCGCUGCCGAGCGCUGUCCCCAGAGGCUCCCGGCCCUGGCGUCUCCCCUCCUACCACGCAGAGCUGGUGUCGGCUGCCCAGGGAGGAGCGCGCUUCUCGAUGGGUUCCCUACCGGGCCCUUAUGUGGCCGAGGAGCGCGCUCUCUCGCUGAGCCCCUAUCGGGCUCGCACGGUGACCGCCGGGCGAGCGCGAGUGACCUGCAGGCCCCUGGGCCGGAGAGGGCAGCCGUGCCGUGGGGUCGCGCGCUGGGAGCGCCGGUGGGCACAACUGAGAUGAGACUGUAGUCCAGAGUGGGCUGUGCUGGCGGCGGGUUCAUUUCCGGGUGUGACGGCCCCGGCGUUUAAGAGCGGACUCAGAGUAGCCUCACUGUUGGACGUGGACGUUGUCAGGCUGGUGUCCUUGAUUGUGGAGUCUGAUAAGACAUUCUUUUUAAUCAGGCGCCCGUUCUCUGUCACGCUCCUGAUAAAAAGGAUUAAAGGGGGAGCAAGGCGAGGAUGGUCCUCAUACCCUUACUUCGUUUAAAGACUCUAUCUCCAGUAGGUGGGAAUUGGGAGGCACUGCGGUGAAGAAAUAUGCAGUCAUGGAAUCGCCUUGCUAACUGCCUCCACCUGUUCUCCUUGAUAAGCCAGUGAAAAAGUGGGUUGAGGAGAAGGAAAAGAGGCCAACAUGAAGCUAAAGCAGCGAGUUGUGCUGUUAGCAAUACUCCUAGUCAUCUUUAUCUUCACCAAAGUUUUCCUGAUAGACAACUUAGAUACAUCAGCAGCCAAUAGAGAGGACCAGAGGGCUUUUCACCGAAUGAUGAAUGGCUUGCGGGUGGAACUGGUGCCUAAAUUGGAUCACACCCUGCAGUCUCCUUGGGAGAUUGCAGCCCAAUGGGUGGUGCCCCGGGAAGUGUACCCCGAAGAGACACCAGAGCUGGGAGCAAUCAUGCAUGCCAUGGCCACUAAGAAGAUCAUUAAAGCUGACGUAGGCUAUAAAGGGACACAGCUAAAAGCUUUGCUGAUUCUUGAAGGAGGACAGAAAGUUGUCUUUAAGCCUAAGCGCUAUAGCAGAGACUAUGUGGUAGAAGGGGAGCCCUACGCUGGUUAUGACAGACACAAUGCAGAGGUGGCAGCCUUCCACUUGGACAGGAUUCUGGGUUUCCGCCGAGCUCCCUUGGUGGUUGGCAGAUAUGUUAAUCUGAGGACGGAGAUCAAGCCUGUGGCCACGGAGCAGCUGCUGAGCACCUUCCUAACUGUAGGGAACAAUACAUGUUUCUAUGGGAAGUGCUAUUACUGUCGGGAGACAGAGCCAGCGUGUGCUGAUGGAGACAUGAUGGAGGGAUCCAUCACACUUUGGCUUCCAGAUGUAUGGCCUCUACAGAAACAUCGACACCCGUGGGGCAGGACUUACCGAGAAGGCAAAUUGGCCAGGUGGGAAUACGAUGAAAGCUACUGCGAUGCUGUGAAGAAAACGUCCCCCUAUGACUCAGGCCCACGCCUCUUGGACAUCAUUGACACCGCUGUCUUUGAUUACUUGAUUGGCAAUGCCGACCGCCAUCACUAUGAAAGCUUUCAAGAUGAUGAAGGCGCUAGCAUGCUUAUUCUUCUUGAUAAUGCCAAAAGCUUUGGAAACCCCUCGCUGGAUGAGAGAAGCAUUCUUGCCCCUCUCUAUCAGUGUUGCAUCAUUCGGGUCUCAACCUGGAAUAGACUCAACUACCUAAAGAACGGAGUGCUAAAGUCUGCCUUAAAAUCUGCCAUGGCCCACGACCCCAUCUCCCCUGUGCUCUCUGAUCCACACUUGGACACUGUGGACCAGCGGCUCCUCAACGUCCUUGCCACCGUCAAGCAAUGUACUGACCAGUUUGGGAUGGACACGGUGCUGGUGGAAGACAGGAUGCCGCUCUCCCACUUGUAACCCACAAUGUGAAACAAGUGGAACUGGUUUUUACGAAGAUAGAGGAACAGCACAAUCAAUUCCAAAUGGCAUGUGACGGCCUGGAAGUGGCCAGCAGCGGGUUCUGGUGGUAGAAGACAGGGCGGCCCCAGGAGCGCCUGGUGUUUUCUGCAGUGUGGUCAUGGAAGCUUGUCUGCAGAAUUACCUGGAGUCCUCGGCAGUUGACCCUUUAGGCAGCAAGCACCAGGUCUGGUCAGUCUUAUUCCCACACCAAAGGACAAGCAGGUGUGGCACAGGCUAAGGAAUUGGUUCGAGAGUGUGUAUGUCUGCAGUGAACUUUGCCGUCCUUUCUCUACACCCAUGGAUUCUGUAGAUUCACUUUGCAGUUCCUGUGUCUUAAAUACAAAACAAAAAAAGGCAGAACUAGUAAGACUGGAACAUGUACUGCUCCUCCAUAGUGGCAUCAACAAAAGAGCACAGUCUGCUGGAGGGAGAGAAGGGCAGGACGAUAUUGGGGCUCUUAGCUAUUGAGUGCUGUGGAUUUGACAUCUCAGGGAAGAGAAGAGGGAGGGGCUCACUCUGUAGAACCAGGAAGAUGAUUGACUUACUGAAAAGCAGCUUCCCCUGUGUUUAGGUUCUUGGAUAUGUCCGAAGCAAACAGUCAUCCCCAGUCUGUUCAAAUAACAAGAAUUAUCUUUUUUUUUUUCUUUUUGGUUUUUUCGAGACAGGGUUUCCCUGUAGUUUCUAGAGCCUGUCCUGGAACUAGCUCUUGUAGACCAGGCUGGCCUCGAACUCAGAGAUCCGCCUGCCUCUGCCUCCCGAGUGCUGGGAUUAAAGGCGCCACCACCGCCCAGCAACAAGAAUUAUCUUUGAAGGAAAUACGAUUACAACCCAAGCAUGGUCCUCUGUGAACACUAAUUUACUUCCACGUCCACCUUUUGCCCAAAGAAGCAAAACAAGCUGAAGUAAUUCAAGUUAGGUACCUGUGAUCCCUGUCAUCCUCAAUUUUCCCCCCUUUUCUUGCGUCGGCAUUAUUUAUUUUGAAGAAUAUCAUAGGCUCUCACUCUAGCCCAUGCUGGAACUUAAUUUGUAACCCAGGCUGGCUCUGAACUGGCAGCAAUCCUUCUGCCUCAGCCUUCCACGUGCUAGGAUUAUAAGUAUGAACAAGCAUGCCCAGCUCGGGUGUGAGGCGUUUAAUCAGUGAUGCUGCUAUUUCUAGGAGGUGGUGGCUUGUCUGUGCCUUCUUAUGAGAAUGCGCCCUGCUAGUAGCUGGAUCGAGCUUGAGACGUGGGUCCUGUAUGUAGCAGAGUGAAAGAUAUUAAGCCUUCUGAGCCUUGAAACUGAGGAGAUUACCACAAAGAGCCUCAAUAUUUUGGUUCAUAUCAAAUCCAAAUUCUAUUCUUCAAACCUCAUUUGGUGUAGUAGAAUUCUUCCAUCUCCUUGAAGUUGAGGUUUAGUUCUAUAUUUUAGCAAAGUCAUUUCACAUGUAAGCAGCUGUGGUAAAUUCCAGAGCUAGGGACAUGGCCACACUCCGAGAGCUGUGUGUUCCCUCUGCCUCUUGUGUGGUUCUGGACUUCUGUCAAGACCAGCCUUCCAGUGCUCUCCUUGACAUUCAGUGCCAGCCAAGGAGCCUGGCUUGAGGCAACUACCUUCCGAGGGUAAGCCCCCAGGUUUCUCACAGUGAAACCUAGUAACCUAUAACAACUUUUAAAAGGCGUGGAAUUAGGAACAUUUGCAGAUUUUAUGUGCAUUUUGAGGUAGAUUAAGGAAUAGGCUACAUUUUUUAAAACUUGGAUAUUGAACUUAAUAAAACAAAUAUUAGCACAAAACACUGUAAUAGUGUUAACAAAAGGAGGUAUUGAGUUCAGUUUCCAGGCCACUUGCAAAUUCACAGUUGGAUUUGAGAUUAGUGUGCUUAGCACUUGCAAAAGUGGGAGCCAACAGAUGGCUGCAGUCAGCCCUCCCCUCAGUGUUGACUGGGCUGUGGGUCAGCACUCUGUCCACUGGUGCAGUGAGUGACAAGGAGCCUCACUUGUAACAUUGAAGGCACAAGAUUCUUCUGAGGAAAAGAGCAGGCAGAAAAGCUGCUCUGAAAAAAAUGUCUUAUUGUUCCUUUAAAAUUAGAGAAAAGCCAUUCACACUUUUUUUCACACUCAUGGCGUCAGGAGGUACUCAGACCCACAGUGGAUAAAGUUAGAAUUGAGGCAGCAGUGGUGAGGCACAGCAUUAGAAUACCAACCUGUGUUCUAAGGUGGAGUUGGGUUAAGGUAGGAAAGGUAUAUUUGGGUGAAUCUUGGCACGGCGGAUGAGGCUGUGGACCAGCCAUAAGCUUCUAGCCCCAAAUUUAUAGACACAAAGUUCUGUUGGGGGAAAAGGCAGAUACGUUUUUCAAAGGUGUGACUCUGGCCUCUUCUGGCGUCAUUUCAGCGUUAGGACUGUCAUAAUCAAGUCACCAGAGGGCUUUUGGUCAGUUCUAGAGUACAUUUGCCAACCAGUCAUCUGCAAGAGAACAGAAACCAAAACCCAUUGCUGUCUCAUUUGCUCCCACUUCUUAAACAUACAUAUUUUAGUUGCAAAGGGAAAUUUGGAUAUAGAAUUUAUAUUCCCAAAACUGACCCUUAGUCUCAGGCUGCAUUGUGCUUUGGGGAGGACUCUAAGUAAGUCUCUUUCAAAACAAUAGGCUCCAAUGUGCUAAAGACGAAUGGUAUUUUUAAGGUAUGUUUACCUGUUUGCACUUAGGGUUAAGUGUCAAACUAAAUUUUAAGAAGAAAAUGGAGGAAUUCAGGUACAUUUAUUACAUUCUUUUAGCAGAGUGAGCCCUGACAGCUUCUCUGUUUUCCCAGUGCUGAGGACAGCACUGUCAUCCAAAGACUUGAUGUUUUCUUUAAGACACUCACACUUUGGCUUCCCUCUCCACGCACCACAUUCCUUCAGCCUCCCUUCUCCUCCCUGGAACCCUCUGAUCAGCAAAUGACCUUCUCUUAUGACCAUAGGACAGCUAUUGUCAGCAAGCCCCCUUGUGCAGCCUGGGAUCUGGGCUCAGGACAGGUGGGUAGAGGUGUCGGGGUUAAUGUGGCCGUGUGUGCAUUCUGCCAAGGAAAAUAGAUUAACUUUGACACAAGGAAAUACUGACAUUGAGAAAGGACUUGGCCAGCAAAGGUUAGCAUGUUCAUCAAGUCUGCUGAGCCAGGUGACCUGACUGUGAAACUUGCUCCCUGGGGAGGCUGGCUUUUCUCCCCCUAUUUCUCUAGUCUGGGUGGUGAGUGGGGGCUGGGCACUGCACUGUCACAAGUUUUUAGGACCUAAGGUGAUCCUCAUAAACUAUUGUGGGAAGCUGGGAAUAACUUACUGGGAAGCUAAUUUAUUUGUCUAAAGGGUGGUGUAGGCAUCAUUGCCCUCUUGUUUGAUCUGCCUAGGAUUUCCUCUUGGAGCUGUUGUGCAGACAGAGGUUGUACUUGGUAAGACACCAAACAAAUUUCUAAUGUGUUCUAUGGGUUUCAAUCUGAAAAAAAAAUAAAGAUUUUAAUAUAUA